AUGUCUUCGUUAGCUAGCUUGAUCAGCAGUGUAAAAGCAAAUACAGUCAGCAACCCGCAUAUUGCAAAAAGCUUAAAGCGCAAAAAUACUCCUUCAAAAAAGAAAGCUUUGACUGAAAAGAAACAGGCAGCCCAUACAAACAAUGGCCCAAGUGUUGUCGUCUUUGAUGGUUCUGUGUUAGAAAAGAAGCCUGUUCUUGAAGACAAGGCUUUGAAAAAACAAUUUUUGAGUUCUCGUAUCACUACUGUCGAAACCAUUGUUGAACAAAAGAUGAAACCUACAGAGAAGGAACAAGAAGAAGAAGCUGAGAAUCAACGUCAUGAUUUAGAAUUAAAACAACUGUUGGCUACUUCCAACCUUUUAGAAGAACUUGAACGAGAAGAAAUGACAUCCAAAGAGCGAAGAAAGAACACCAUGAAGAAAUUAGAAACAUUGGGCGUUAAGGCUUCACCUGGAGAGAAAAUGCCAUUAUUACACAAACUGCGUCUUGAUGAGUCUAUAAAGCAAAAGAACAUGACGAAAUUACAAGAGGCUAAAGAUCUGGGUAUAUAUGACAAAUCACUUAAACACCUUUAUGUCAAGACAAAAACAAAGAAGAGAGAUCGUGAUCCCGGUAUUACAAAUGGUAUUGGUCGUAUGAAGGGUGCUACAUUGACCAUCAAAAAGUCUGAUAUCGAAAGAAUCAAUCGUCAAGGAAAUAAAAAGAGUCCUGGCAAAAAGAGAAAAUAA